CCUCCGUCUUCGCUUGAGUCCAGGCGCAGGAAAAGUCGUUGGGGGUCCAUGGAAACUGGGUGGGGUCAGCCGUCCUGGAGGGCGGACAGCUGUCCGGUGGGCGUUGGCUGCACAGAUCUCCCACUUUUUCCUGGGGGAGGGGCAGCUGCGCUGCCUUCCUUUCUGCACUGUUGGAUCCGCCCCCCUGCUAUUGGCUCUGGGGAAGGAUUGACAUCAAAGCCCUAGCCCUAUAUAAGCUGCGGCCAGGAAAAGAGGCCCGAGAAGGGUUAAAAUCGUCCCCUAGAGCGCCAGAGCCACAGUCAGCUCUGCAGCUAAAAGGCUGUAGCCAGCCGCCCAGAUUCCCUCCCCAACCCCGUUCUGCUUCAUCCCAGUCACCCGCACCCUCCUCGACGAUCGGGGCUGUAGCGAAUGGCGCGGCGUUAGAUCCAACUGCAGAGGCAAGGCUCAAUUCAGGGCCAGGGAGCUGCGCCCGCUUCACCAUGAACCUAGUGGGCGGCUACCCCCAUCCACACCCUCACCAUCACCCCCCUCACCCUCAUCCCAUGCUGCACGAACCCUUCCUCUUCGCUCCAGCUUCACGGUGUCAUCAGGAGCGGCCUUAUUUUCAGAGCUGGGUACUGAGUCCCGGAGACGUGGCCCCAGAUUUUUCUGGGAGGCGACCACCCCCGGCUGCCUAUAGCCCGGAUGCAGCUGGGACCGCGGGGUCAGUGCAGAGCCCUGGCAGACUGGAGGCUCUGGGUGGCCGCUUGGGCAGACGGAAAGGAGCAGGGCCCAAGAAGGAACGGCGGCGCACGGAGAGCAUCAAUAGCGCCUUUGCGGAACUGCGGGAGUGCAUUCCCAAUGUGCCCGCCGACACCAAGCUCUCCAAGAUCAAGACCCUCCGCCUGGCCACUAGCUACAUUGCUUACCUCAUGGACGUGCUGGCCAAGGACUCUCAGGCCGGGGACCCCGAGGGCUUCAAGGCGGAGCUCAAGAAGGUGGACAGCGGCCGUGAGAGCAAGCGUAAAAGAGAACCGCCCAGUGAAGGAUAUCCUCACCCCCUGGGACCUGGAGAAAAAAAGAUUAAAGGGCGGACAGGCUGGCCACAGCAAGUCUGGGCUUUGGAGCUCAACCAGUGAGAAGCAGCUUCGGGAAAGGUACUCAGCACUCAGAAAAUCCGCCGGGCGCCAUCGGAGUACGAGGCAAGACUACUAUUUCUGGCUGUCCAUUAUUUUCUCGUUCUGUUAUGGAUAUCUUAAAUACUCCUGAAAGUUGUCAGCAGCAAAACUGGUCAAGUGCAAUGCCCUUUUAAAUUGUUUUUUAACUCGUUAAGAGAAAGAAAGAAAAAUAUAUUACAUAUAUUAUAUAAAAUAUAUCCAAGCAAACGGAAAGGGGAGCCGGUAUUGACAGGCACACGAGAGGCAAAUCGGACCAACCUUGCUAGCCUUCAUUUCCAACCUUCGACUCACCUUUUCCGUCCUAGAUUGGAAAUCUGAUUUUGCUCUCUUCUGUCUCCUUUUACCCAUUAAUUUGCAAUAUCACGAAGUCAUUCUCUGCACAGCUUCCUGCUUUCCCGGGACUCCGGUGACCUUAUAUUCCACGGGAAAGGAGAGCCAGUUGGUCUGGAAAUUAUUCUUUUUAAACAAGUGUUGGUUUGGUUUCCGCACUUCCUGCCGAAUGCCUAAUAAUUCCUAAUUCCAAGAAAAACUUCUUAUUAUUUGUAAAUAAAAACUUUGUUCCCGUCACUGAAGUUUUUUAUGUAUUUAAACUACCUAAUUCUGCCUGUUUGUUCUCAGGUUUUUUGGGUAAAUCUUGCUUAUCCCUUACUGGUUGUGUUUUAUUUUUAUUUUUGUUUUAUUUUUGCUACCUCAAAGCUGUUUGACUGUUUUCUUAGGGGCAGAUUCACCAAAGCUGACCUUUUAUUUUCUUGACCUCAGAACAUUUCCAUGAAAGCCUUUUGUACACAGGGUCCAAGGAGGCCAACUUUCUUACUUUUUCAUUUAGAAAGCCGUUUGAAUCUCCCCUUUCCUCCCACUCAAAGAAAAUUUUAAAAAAUGAAGAAAUGGAAAAAUAUAUUCAAAACCACCAAAAAAGAUACCCCGAAAAGAUCUUUUGAGUUCAAUAGAUGAAGACCAGCUCCUUGAAAUAAGAUCAGUUAGACAUUGUUUGGAGUGACAGAGAGCUCACCCUGAGAGACACUGGUUAAAGAAGCAAUGUUGAACAAGUGGAAAGGAAAGCUAUGGGGAAAAUGGCCUUCAAGAUCGCUAGGAAUAAAAACUAAAGUCCUUACAAUUUCUUCAGCUUACCAGUACUAUAAUGUAUGCACACGUCUAUAUGGUUAAUGUAUGUAUGCUAAUAUGUAUAUGUAUAUAUAUGUAUAUGUAUACAU